ACAUGGAAGCCCUUACUCAACAGCUACAAUGACGGCUCUUUCAGUCCUUCACCAGAAAGGGCUCGAAUUCCAAUGGUCCCCGUCGACUUGGGAGCUCGUGAACAUAAAAAGGAAUCUUACCUUUCCCUCAAUUCAUUUGGCCAUGUACCAGCUUUACAGGAUGGAGGCUUAAAGCUUUUCGAAUCAAGGGCAAUCAGCAAAUAUAUUGCUUCAACGUAUUCUGACAAGGGGAUUGAACUCAGAUCUGGCAAAGUUCUAGACGUCUACGAAGCUCGGUUGGGUAGAACUCAGUACCUGUCAGGCGACAGCUUCGGCUUGGCAGAUGUGCACCACCAACCCGUCGUGCAUUACUUAAUGAACACACCAGCCAAGGCGGUAUUCGAAGCACGUCCACACGUUAGUAAAUGGGCGAAGGUAGUCGAAGUGCAAAAUAAAUAAGGAUUUUGCCGCAACCUACUGCUUGAUAUCACAGUCAUUUGAAGAAUAGUAGUAAUAACUUGUUUGAUAUCA